AUGACAACGGACGCUCCGAAGGCCGACGAAGCGGCGGCGUUCCUCGAUGCCAACAAGAAUGAGAGAGUGUGCUGGGUCGAGCCGGCCUUUCACCGCGGCACUUCGCUCGUCGUGCGCACCAGACAGACUGUAUGGGGGUUUGGUCCACGGUGGUGCACCGUGGGUCCGCAUUGGCCGCUCAUGGUCGGGACAUUUGUCAUCUUCGCGGGCUUUGCUAUCUUUACCAUGUCUGUCGUCCUGACGAAUCCAGACGCGUCGUGGACAGAAGCCAUGGGGGGGUUCGUCGUCAUCUCGAGUUCGUUGGUCUCGUAUGCAUUGGUCGCAUGCACGGACCCUGGUGUCGUGCCGUACACUCCGACGCUGCAACUCCCCACCGACGGCUACUGCGACUACUGCGCUUCCUUCCGCCCCACUGGAGCCACGCACUGUUCCGAAUGCCAAGUGUGCAUCUUGGAAUACGACCACCAUUGCCCGUGGACUGGCAAGUGCAUUGGCAAGUACAAUUUGCGGUACUUUUACCUGUGGCUCAUCACGCUCGUGCUGUCGUUCGUGUUUGAAAUGAUCCAACUCACCAAGUAUUUACUCCCGCCUCCAAAACGUUAACACAAAGCCUCAACGCAUGGUUGUGUUCAUAUUCAUGCAACAAUAUACACUAGGCUUUUCA